AUGCGAUGCGCGAGCAAGGCCACCGAGAGCGCGUCCGCACGUCUCUGUGCGGACGCCGAAGCAGAAACCACAGCAACUGAUGUCUCAUCGGUUGCUGAAGCGACUCAGCCUGUGUCACUUGGUGAUGCAGGCGCUGGUCAUGAAGACACUCAUGUCUUCACAGAGUAUGAACUCGGUGUCUCAUACUCUCCUGAUACGGAAGACGGAUCCGUAUCGACGGCGAUCGAAUCCAACCCGCCUGCCAAGCGUGGAAUGGAUGAUGCUAUGCGUCGUAGAAUCUUUGGUUCAUCUGAUGAAUCAGAUGAACCAUCGCCGAAGCGAAGGCGCUCGAGGUCGCAAGACUCGGGCGCUAACAGUGGUGUCGGUUCUCCUAUGGACACUACUUCGCAACGAGGUGCCAGUCCUUCUGUCGGCACGUCGCAGGAAGAGCGGGACCGCAAUGUCUUGCGUCUCGCUCCUGAGAAGAAGGAAUGGAUGCCUCCUAAAUCUGUCAUGGACCACUUGUCGGCGACGACGAGUGAUCGUUAUCGAACACGGUUGUUCGAUUCGUCAAAGAUUCAUCACCUUGACCCCAGCGCGAAAAACUAUCGCACUGAGAAUGAGUUCUUCAUCGAUGGUUUCUUUGAGCAUCGAUUGUACAGUGGGAAUCACAAGCGUGAUGGUCCCUCACUACUUCAAGCGUGGAACGCCUACAUCCAUAACCUUGAGGAUGUAAGUCGUGACGUUUGGAACGACAAACUUAUCAAAGCUCGUGAUAAGUUUGAAAAGCGAACCCCGACAGGUGCACUCUACAAGCUGCAUCGUCUGUCAAGGGAGAAAGGAUUACCCUGCCUCUCUUGGGGAGACUCGUGCCAUGUGAACAACUCCGCACGAGCACCUAAAGAGGUUUACCUCCUUACUAGCCCGUGGUGGCGCGUACGUAUCUCUAGUGAGAUGUACGAAGGGAUUGACAACUUGAAAUGCCUUUACGACCGUGCCGGGAAGACUUUCUCCGGCGGUCCUUCUGCGGCACAGGAUGUGCCGCGUCGUACUGCUCAACCAGACCCAGUACGUCGAUCAUCAGUUGGGAGCGGGGCUCCCAAGAAUCCCAGGACGGGGGAUAGCCGCGCCACCGGACGAGAUAACUCGUCCGACGUCCGUUCACGUCGCGGUGCUUCAACAGCUGCUCAACUAGAUAGCGCUGGCCACCGCGAGAGUCCUCUAAUGGAAGUGGAGGAGGAGGAAAGACGAUCUCCACACGAUCGUGGGGAUCCGUGUGUUCUCGAGAGCUUCUUUGAUCGCGUAACGCAAGGCUUACGCAACGAUCUCGAACAUGAGCGGGACAGGCGUCUCCAAAUGGCGGACACUGUCUUGAAGCAUCGAGCUGAGUUUGCCUUUGCUCAGCUUGAGAACGAGAGAGCUCUGACAUCUCUUCGUGACGAGCUAAGGGUAGCUCGUGGGAUUGUUGAUCGGUCUCGGGAUGAGAUAAAUGCUCUUCAGACCCUUGUCGAUGCCCACCAUCGGGAGCACAAGGCUCUCUGCGAGAUGCUUGAGCGCAAGGGCGUUCUUCAUCGGAAGAAGCAGCGUACUGAUGGUACGGCUUAA